AUGCAGAAUACUGAAAUUAAAGAUGAUAGUAUAGAAUCCGAAAAUUUGCUCAUCGGUAAUAGUGAACCCAAUGAUUCUGAAGGUGUGGUAAAUUUCGAGGGAUCAUCUUCCACCAAUCUCGACGAUCUUAGCGACUUAGAGGCUUAUAGUACCAAUAAGAGGUAUACAGUUGAAUUCGAAAAUGAAACAAUUUACUUUGAUUCUAUUGAUUGGAGAGAUAGUACAUUAUUGAAACUUCAAAUAAUUGCAGGGUAUCUUGUAUUUAUUUUAUUUGGGCUAGCAGAACAAACUGUGGGAACAUUGAUCCCAAAGUUCCAAGAUCACUAUGAAAUUGAUGAUAUUCAAACAAGUUUCAUUUUCUUAGCUUCCGUUGCGGGCUAUUUCUUGAUGGCUUUAUUAAAUGAAAUAACACAUAAAAACUUGGGCAUAAGAGGAGUAGUAAUAUUGGGUAGUGUUAGUAUGACAUGUGCCUACUUAAUAGUAUCUUUUAAACCGCCAUUUUCAAUCUUCAUAUUUUGCUAUAUUUUGAAUGGCAUUGGAUUUGGGAGUUUAGAUGCAAGUCUUAAUACAUGGAUGGGAUGCUUGAUUGAUUCAAAUCAGCUUCUCGGAAUACUCCAUGGUUGUUAUGGGAUUGGAUGUAUGAUUUCACCACCUGUCAUUACAGGUUUGUUGGAAAGAGCAAAAAACCCAUGGCAAUGGAAUAAAUAUUAUAUGGUUUUGAGUUCCGUAGGUGCACUUAACACAAUAUUCUUAAUAUUAGCGUUUAGACAUGAAACUGCAAAGAAGUACAAAUUUGCUAUGAUUUUAAAAAAUAAAAAAGGUAAGAAAUUGGACGAAGAAAAUGAGUUUGAAUUGGAUACAUUUAGAAAUCAAUCAGAGGUCUCUACUACAAACGACGAGUUAGAUAACGAAAAGGAAGAUCAUUCUUCAGUUCCUUUAUCUGAGGCUUUAAAAUCUAAGUUAGUCUGGCUCUUUUCAAUUAUUUUAUUCAUUUACGUCGGAGGUGAAGUUUCCUUUGGUUCAUGGUUAAUAACUUUUUUAACCAGAAUCAAGAGCUUAUCGUACACGUAUUCUUCAUACAUGGCUACUAGCUUCUGGGCGGGUUUAACCGCAGGCCGUAUAGGUCUUGGUUUUGUGACGGCUCAUUACUUUAAAAAUGAGUUAGUAGCUAACUUUCUGUACAUGUUCUUAUCUUUUGCUGGAUUCUUGGCUUUCUGGAUGCUUUCCUGGGUUACUACUAAUUUUUUUCUCUUCAUUAUAGUCUUUCUAGCCGGUGCAUUUGUUGGUCCUAUUUUCCCCACAACCAUAGUUGCUUCAUUGAAAAUCUUACCUCACAAGUAUCAUGCUGCAGGCUUGGGCUUUAUUUGCGCAUUUGGUGGUGGAGGUGCUGCUGCACUUCCAUUUUUAAUUGGGAUCAUAGCUGAAUCGAGUACUUUAGGUUUAACACUUUUGCCUUGCAUUGUUAUGAGUAUCUUUGCUUUUCUCUGUCUUAUGUGGUUAGGAAUGAUGAAACGAUACGGGGCUAAUUAUAAUACUAAUAGACUUUAG